AUGCUCAGUUCGAUUCUCACAACGGCGCUUGUCGUCACGACGGUCGUUGCAUCGCCGCUACAAAUUCAAAAACGAGAGGACCCCAAUACCGGAUUGACAUGGAUCUACAAGGACGCCACACUACCGAAGGUGAUGUUGUACAAUACCGGCGAUGGGACCAUCUUAUCAGGAUCAACUCAUGGCCGCUUGGAUAAUAUAAACUACGGUGGUGGCUCUGGCAGCCUGACUCCAGAGACCCUCAUCUCCAGUGUUAGCGAAGUUCUCGACAUUGCCCAGCUGGCAGUUCGCAAUAUUGGCGGCGGCGGCAGCGCCAAUGCGAAUUCGGACAGAUUUUUGAACAUCUCGAUGGACGCUACUAAGCGAUUAUGUUCGGACGACUCUGAUAUUGUGGGCGCUGUUAUGAUCCAUGGCACCAACACUCUGGCUGAGACUGCUUUCGGCGUUGAUCUGACCCUGAAUUGCUCGAAGCCAUUCGUUGCGACUGGUUCCAUGCGACCAAACUCCGCCCUAUCCGCGGACGGACCUUUCAACUUCUACGACGCUGUCAGGACUGCCAUUCACCCUGAGGCGCGUGAUCGUGGCGCCAUGAUUGCGUUCAACGACCACCUGGUAUCCGUUUUCUAUGGAACCAAGACUAACGGUAACACCGUCACCACUUUCUUGGCCAUGGAUCAGGGUUACAUUGCUCAAUUUCUGGCUGGACAGCCAUACUUUUUCUACGGAGCCUCUCUGCCAAAGGCCCGCCAUUUCUUCGACCCCUUCAAGCUCCAGUACCCCCUUCCCAAAGUGGUCGUUCUUUACGGUCAUCAGGGCUUCGACGCCGGUCUGCUGCGCGCUGCCGUUGCGGACGGUGCUAAGGGAAUUGUCAUCAUGGGCGUUGGCCCUGGCGGUCUCAGCACCGCCGCUACACAGGCCGCCAACGAGCUCUUCGAGCAGGGCGUGGUCACCGUCGCGUCGCUCCGACCCUUCUUCGGCGCGGUGGUUCCUGGACCUCAGACCAGCAACAUCAUCAGCUCGGGCUUCCUACACGGUGAACAGUCUCGGAUUCAGCUCCAGCUUGCCAUGGCCUCGGGCUAUGACGUGGCUGGCAUCCGAAAGCUGUUUGAGGGUGAUAUCCGUAAGGCAGUGUAUAACGACGCUACGGCCUUUUACAACGCUACUACUCUAUAG